CAUGGGUCAGGUGAGCAUUGUGACUAACAAUGGCAGCCACAGUUGCCCUUACUGACAUCCAUUAGCAAUCAUUAACUGUUUCAGAAAUGGUCAUUAAGUUUAUGAUACAAUGACAAUUGUGAAAUGUUCUUGUUGCUUUAGUAUCCAGCAUGGUUGGAAGAAAAUAGAGCCUCAUUGCCAUCAGACGAACUUGACCGUUGUAGAAAACAGUACGAUCUGGUGUGUGAAGUUUGUUCAGAGUAUGAUGCUGAAACUUCAGUUGAUUCUGAUGAAGUCAAGAAAAAGCGAUUCGAGAAACUUCUUAGUCUUAUGCAACAGAUGCAAGAAUGUGGACAACCACCAGCAGAUCUUGUUGGAGAAAUGCCACCAGGUUUCACUGCUCCUAUUCCAGAGAUGCCUGAAGCACCAGAAUUACCUGAUGAACUGAAAAACGAGUGCAAAGUUACGUAGCAUGAUCAAGUCCCUAAUUUAAAAAGUGCAAUAUUGAGAGUGACAGUGGGAAAUUAUCCAAGUCACAGCUUUAAAAUAUGUUGCUGGUAGUUUUGGCAGCACUAAGCCAUGCCUGCCUGUCUUGCUGGUUACACAGUCCAGGAUUAUCACCACCCACGAGGUCGACAAAUACAGUUCACUGUUGACCUCCGAGUCAAUACAAUGCAAGUUACUGACAAGCCAUUACGGCACAGGAUGAAGAAUUAUUGAUUUUAUGGGUGUAAGGUGUAAAAGUUACUGAUUGUGAUAACAAAAUAUAACUGU